UAGUGUACAGUAUUUUUGCACACAGCAGUACAUGUUUUGAGCAAGAAGUGAACAUGGACAAACACUGGUGGACAAUUUGCGCAUUGAUUUUAGCAUUUUGCGCAUUAGCGCACUUUGACACUGUUCUUUCAGCGCGAGCUUGCUGCAAAUUAACAGUAAAGCCAGGAGUGUGUCCUCGCAGGCGCUUGGGCUACGGACGGUGUGCUGAAUUUUGCUCUAAUGACAGUGACUGCCCCGACAAGAAAAAGUGCUGCUCCAACGGAUGUGGACAUGAGUGCAUGGCACCAUACGUAGUGAAGCCUGGCGGCUGUCCUCUGCCUGAGACCACCCCCAUGUGUGCUGAGUACUGCUAUCACGAUGGUCAGUGUCCAGGACAUCAAAAGUGCUGCAGGACUACCUGUGGUCAUGCAUGCAGUGAGCCCUGCUGAUUAGGAAGUCCAUCAAUCUGCAUUAAACAUCACGGCUCUCCCUCUGUUUAAAUGGACGCAUUUUCUCACAGAGAAAAAGUGGCCUGUUUGCAUUUAUUUCUUGUUCUAUUUUUUACAACAUGUAUUCUUACUUCAGUGUGAAAAACAGUAUAUCUGUUCCAUUUCUAAUUAAAGCCUUAGAGUAUGAUGCAUUGUUUUUGUUGUUUUUGUAUGACCAAUAAAAAUAGCCCAAUCCUGUA